CCCAGCAUCAGUGGUCCAGAGCUGGACAAGCUGAGGGAGAUUAUGCUGCGUCACUGUGACGUCAACAAGGACGGAAAGAUUCAGAGAAAUGAGUUAGCGCUGUGUCUGGGAGUCAAACCCUAACCUCAGUCAAGUGAUGUGGCAGGAGCUGUAAACCACUUGUCCGUCUCCUAAACAGGUGUUUCACCUGCAGCCUCUCUGAUGAAGAUGAAGCUGUAAACACGACAAGAAGAAAAACUAUAGGGAUAAAAGAAACAGAAAAAGAAGCAAUAGAUGAAGUUAGAUGUAAAAGAAGAAGAAAUGGAGAAUGAAGUGAUGAAGACAUUGGAGAUGGAUUUUAAAAGAAAGAAGAAAACAAGGAAGAAGAAAUUUUUCAGUGAAACUACUAUCUAAAAAUAAAUACUCAGACUUGAGGAGCAGCCUGAUUAAAAUUUUUAAUGCAAAGAGUACCCUCUGUUGGACGUUUGGCGGUAUUGCCGUUCAAAUUUGAGAAAAUCGACAAGAUAAACAUAAUGUCUAAAUAAUGUCCUUUUUAUACAUUAUCCUUUGUUUACACUGUUUAAUCACGACAGCCAUCUGAAGACGACUUUAAAUCUCUUGUGUAGUAUCAGAAAUGUCCACAUGAUGGCAACAUGACGCCAUGCAUUUUAUGUUAAACUACUGUUAAACUAUAUGGUUUUGAAUUCUCUACCUAAUUGAAUUGUGUAUAUUCAUAUUUUAACUUUAAUAUAUAAUUAUUUGUUAUAAAUCAACUUUUAUUAAUUGGACUGUGUUCAUAGAAAAAAAAAUACGUCUAAUCUUAUUUUAGCACAAAAUUAAGGUCGGGACAAUCGAUUUUUCCGUUAGCAGCCGAAAUAGAAUGAAAAUAUUUCUGCAAGAAUUUGCUGAUGUAAAAGACACAGCAGUGACCUCCGUGUGGUCUUUUCUUCUCUGUCUGCAAACAUUGACGACCGAGUCAACAACGAAUAACAAGGUGCUGUAAAUUCUUACCCUUAAAGAUUACCCGGCCCUUCUUUGAGUUUGAGUUGGCGUUUCUGUCCUUCUCCUAGGUGAGAGCUGACGUCCACGUCCCUGAAAUGUCGCUGCUGUGUGGACCCGAGGAAACGUAAACUGGACUGACGGAGGCAGUGGACAAACACCAGCGUGUACACCUGCACCUCUACAGCUCUGUAGCUGCUGCGUUUAUCCCACAAUUCUAGGAAUUCCUAAAGACUUUGUGUGUGAGGCCAGGAAUAAUCGGCUGAUUCCGCUGACCUUCUGUCUCAGAUCUGGAACCUAAACACAUGUGACCACCGACCAGAUGUGUGUGUGUGUGUUCCUAUUUUAGGAGGCAGAACCAAAUCCCCUGGGAAUAGUGGCUUCUUUUUCCACUCUGACCUCCCAGGUGGGGCUAGAGGAUGAGAGGUUUCAGGGUCAGCAGCAGGCUUCAGUGGUAAUAAAGGAGGUCAAACAUCAGACAUCAAAUAGAAAAGAUUCAGUAUCCAGAGAAUUAAGUUAAUUUUUACCAUAUUUAUAGGAAUAGUCUAAAUAAAAAUAUCAACAAAAUGUAAAAAAUAAUUAUAAAUAUUCACCCCCCUCCACAAACAGAUCAGGGACUCGCAGUAAAGCGUGUCUUCCGUCCUCCUCCGACACGGUGGCCCGUCGCUCCUACAUUCCUCCAGGUUUGUCGUCAUGGUGUCAGGAGGUCAGCUCCUUUAUAUAAGCUCAACAUCUCCUCAGUCCUGAGCCACAAGGACAAAGACAGUACAACCUUCUGCUUCAGCACAGCCACAGAGGAGGGAGCUUCACCCUGAACUUAGAUCUUUUAAAGACAACUCGACAAUUUUGUUUUUUCUUUUUUUUUAAUUCUCAAAUAUUUUUUGUUGUCAUUUCUUAAGCAUAAAGAUGUCCAGUUCUUCAAGGAUGGUGGUAUUUUUGACCUUUUUAACAGCACAGGUUUUUGCAUCAGUCUUGUCCCAGGCCUGUCCUCGGAGAUGCCAGUGCCCUAAAGAACCCCCGGUGUGUGUCCCCGGUGUCCCCCUCAUCCUGGAUGACUGCGCCUGUUGCCUCGUUUGUGCACGUCAGAAAGGACAAGUCUGCUCUGAACUGAACCCCUGUGACACACGCAAAGGACUGCAGUGUGACUACAAGGCCGACGUGCACAAGAGGACGGGCGUCUGCGCAGCUCAUAAAGGACAAGUCUGUGUGUUGGACGGUUCAGUCUACCAGGACGGCCAGGUCUUCUUUCCCAGCUGCAAGUACCAGUGUGUGUGUAGGGACGGACAGAUCGGCUGUCUGCCACGCUGCAACUUGGAUGUAAUGCUGCCCGGACCUGACUGUCCCAUGCCACGGAAGGUGCAGGUUCCUGGGGAGUGCUGUGAGAAAUGGGUGUGUGAGCCCCAGGCUGAGGCCAGUGCACUGGGUGGAUUCGCCAUGGCUGCCUAUCGUCAGGAAGAGACAGUGAGUUUCGACACCUGGGACCCCAGCCUCAACUGCGUUGAGCAGACCACUGAAUGGGGCGCCUGCUCCCAAACUUGCGGCAUGGGGGUGUCCACCAGGGUGACCAACAAGAAUCGUCGGUGUGAGAUGGUGAAGCAGAGUCGGCUGUGUAUGAUCAGACCCUGUGAGGGACUGCAGGAACAGCUGCAGGAGACACAGACUUCAACAAAGAGAGGCACUAAGUGCCAGAGGAUAGUGAGAACCAACGAUGCCAUACACCUCGCUUACAAGAACUGCACCAGUGUUCAAGCCUACAAAACCCGUUACUGUGGCUCCUGCAUAGAUGGUCGUUGCUGCACCCCCCACAGGACCAAAACUGCCAUGGUAGAGUUCCAGUGCACCAACGGUAAAACCAUCAGGAGACCAGUCAUGGUCAUCCUGACCUGUGCUUGUCACAGUAACUGCCCUCAGGACAAUGCUGUGUGGCAGCUAUCAGAGCUGGAAUACACUGGUAUGACUGUAUAGGUCAGAGACUCACUGCAGUUGACCCACAUCAUAUCCGAAAGUUGUGUUAGAGUUUGGACAGAGGAUAUCGUUUUGUUUUCUCCUCAGACUGGAUACAAAAGGAAAAAAAAAAAAAAA